GCGGCUAAUGUCCUUACAAAAAGGAGGAGAAACAAAGGUCUCGAAUGUCGACGAAAGUUGUUCAAAUACCUUUGGGCCGGCCGGAAACGUGUCAAUCGAUAGAGGUUGGUGCCACGAUUGAUGGCCAUGUGGGAAGCUGAGGUCCAAGCGAGCAAGAGCGGGGUACAGACUUGUUCGCGAGGGACAAUGUCAAAACCGCAGAAGCAGAGCCUCAUGGUGGGCUGGGAUUGGUGAAACCGGUGAACGACGUCGACGGCCGUCACUGGCCGAGGUGGUGAAAAGGGUCAUGCGGUAUCGCAAAGACUCGUUGGCUGUCAUCGACUGAUAUGAAAGAGGUGGUCCCCCCCAACUGUCCCGGAAGCAGGUCGAUAGCAGCUGAACCCAGGCCGGGCGAUGUGGCUUGCAUAUUCGCAUCUGCAGGGAUUUCCGGGCCGUUUCCAAGAACGAGAACAAGACCAUGUUCAUUGUUCUUUGUGUCUGUCAGAGAAAAAAAAGCACGUUCGAUACAAGAGGCAAGUGUAAUCAGUACUAGCGAGUCUGAUCGAGGACUGAGGGAGGCUACGAUUGACAUGAAGAGUGUGAAUCUAUCGAGAAGAAAAGGCAACAUCGCGUCUCGAUCAUGCCAAAGACAACCAAGAAAACCAAUUUUGUCCACGACCGACUCUGACAGCUGGCAAACGUUGCAGCUGGUGACGUGUAUACGAACUGUCCAGUCGAAUGAGUACCUUGGUCGACGUUCUGCAUGACCCUGAAUAAUCAAGUCAGUGCAAUCGAGAUCUCUCUUCUUGAUGUCCUUGCUUCUGGUGCAAAAUUACCUAGAAUUGGGAGGGGUAUAAUUGUGAAGGUUCAUAAAGAUCGUGUCUAUUUACUCCGUAAUUCAUUCAUAGGCAGCCAGCGCAUCACCAACCAUCCCAAAAG